AAAAGCGUGGGCGGGACUCUAGCUCUCUGCAGCGAGUCAAAGUGAAAGGCAAUAAAGGGAAACAGGAGCUGCACUUGGCCGACGAGCAUCUCUGCCGUCCUGCUGCUCUCCGGCGCUCAGUGCACCUCCCUGCGAGAAACCCAGGAGGAGAGUUCAUCAAUGUAACUCUGGUCAGUCAGAAAACUGCGCCGUUCAGCUGGAUAAGUCCUGACAGAAGAAGAGAGACAGAAAAAAAAGAAGAGUGGAGCGCGGAGUGGAGCAUUAACGUGAAAUCGUGAAGGAGAAAAAGAGAAGAAUAUGAUGCUCCAGUUGCGCUUGAUCUUCAUUCUCUACAGCCUCUGCGCGAGCGUCUUUAAAGUGGCUGGGACAAAAAGCAAAGCGAAAGGAAGCCAGGGUCAGUUCCCCAUCACUCAGAAUGUGACGGUGGUGGAGGGGGGCACAGCCAACAUGACCUGUCGUGUGGAUUACAAUGAUAACACUUCCCUCCAGUGGUCAAACCCUGCACAACAAACUCUGUUCUUUGGAGACAAGAAAGCACUGAGGGAUCACAGAAUUGAACUGGUGCGAGCCUCGUCACAAGAGCUCACCAUUAGAAUCAAUGAUGUCAGCCUGUCAGACGAGGGCCAGUACACGUGCUCGCUCUUCACCAUGCCUGUCAAGACCACCAAGGCCUUCCUCACUGUUCUGGGAGUGCCAAGUCGACCAGAGAUCACAGGAUUUGCCAAGCCAGCCAUGGAAAAGGACGUAAUCACCCUGACAUGCACCACAUCAGGCAGCAAACCUGCUGCCAACAUCCGGUGGUUCCGAAAUGACAAGGAGGUCCAAGGGACUAUGGAGGUCAAUGCCACAGGGAAAUCCUUCACAGUGAAGAGUAGCCUCCAGUUCCAGGUGAAUAAACAGGAUGAUGGUGUCGCUUACACCUGCAGUGUGGAGCACGUGUCUCUGUCCAAUCCCUACAUGACAACUGAGGUCCUGGAGGUCCACUAUGCUCCCCAACUGGAGAUCACACAUUCACUGAUUCUUCCACAGGAAGGACAGUACUUCAAACUGGAGUGUGUUUCCAUAGGCAAUCCAAUACCAGAACCAGUACUGUGGUCCAAAGAUGGAGGAGAACUGCCAGACAUUGAGCGCAUGAUUGUGGAGGGCAGAGAACUAACCAUCACCAUACUAAAUAAAACAGACAAUGGCACAUACCGCUGUGAGGCCAGCAACCACAUGGGCACCAGCUUUGCUGAAUAUUUGUUGUUUGUAUAUGCCAAAGACUUUCCAGGGCCUUCAACAGAUCCUAACGCUUUAGGACAACAUGGACCUGACCAUGCUUUAAUUGGAGGCGUCGUUGCAGUCGUGGUCUUCAUCACCUUGUGUUUGAUAAUAGUUCUCGGACGAUAUCUGGCAAGACAUAAAGGAACAUAUCUAACACAUGAGGCCAAAGGAUCAGAAGAUGCCCCCGACGCUGACACGGCUAUCAUCAAUGCUGAGGGCAACCAUGUGCAUGCAGAGGAAAAGAAAGAGUACUUCAUUUAGACCUCUUGCCCUUCCUUCUUUGUUUCAGCGUUCAACAAAAGACAUGCAAUUUUAAGCUGCCUCAGCAUCAAUACGUGAUUCUUUUUAUUUAACUGGUUUUUCAUUUGUCUGUUCCUAGAAAGCCCAUGCUUGGAUAUGUUGGUUUUCUCUAACUAAAUCUCUUUUUUUUUUUGUUACCGAUACAAAUACACUGUUGGAUUAGAUUUCAGUUUUCUGGUGCCUAAAUGCUGAACGUCUCGCUGCAUUUGAUUUGUUUUUCAGAACGGCGUUAACAUUUUCCCUGAUUCUCUUUCUUACUUAACGGUACUCAUUGCAAAGAAAGAAAUGAAAUAUAUAGAAUUUUUUUCUGAAUUAUAUCAAAUGAUGCACUUUGAAAUAUUUUUUUUAUCCAAUACUCGAUAAGGUUAUUUUGAAAUUCUGGUCCAAACUCGAUGUAAACCAGGCAGUCAGCUUGAACUGUUGAAAACUAUAGGAAAGCUUAGAUCACAUGAUUGAGCUACAUCAGGCUAACUGUAGUCUGUGUAAGUAAAGAAAUAUGGCCGAUCAGUUUAAUGUUUGAUCUAUUUUCUCUCAUUUUGUUUCCAUAGGUCAACAAAUGCACAUGGUAGACUGCAUCUGGUCACAAAUUUGCUUACAGAUUUCUGAUAUAGGACACAUUUUGGAUUUUGUGAUUUACUUCAGAAUUUUUGUUUUCUCUUAUUUUCUGGUCUUCGUGACUUUUCAAUGAGUACCUUGAAUGUGUUAUGAUAUUUUUCAGCCAAUUUUGUUUAUUAAAAAUGAACAGCAGAUCUGCUCCAUCUCCAGAUAAACUUAAAUUUUAUUUUUUAAACUGUUUUGCUUACUUUACUGUCACAAAUUUAUUUUGGGGGGAUAAAGCAAUGCUAAUGAAUGUUACCUGGUCUUUUUCCCACCAUAGCCAUAAAGCAAACAUUUAAUAAAUUAUUUAAAUAAAACUAAAUGGGUAAAACAAAAUGUAGACACACAAUCUAUACAACUGGCUCUAGGAGAACUCCUCUUUCUCUUGUCAUAAACUCUCGUUUGCUUUUUGUUGUUGCUCAUGCUGUUGAUUUUUUUUAACAAAGUUAGAAAAUUAAAGCACAAAAUGAGAAGACUAAACUUAGAUGGAAAACACAUGAACUGUAUCUUGUCUCAGGAUUCAUUAUGAGUCUAAACGGAUGGAGUCAGACAUGUAAUGAAGAUUUUAGUUACUGUAAUGGAUGAGAAACUUUAAUUUUGGUUGGCUACACAAACUGAAUUAAUUGAUCUUUGUGGUGAUGAAGGGCGGGUGUUCAUAUUAUUUAUGUUGAAUUUUACUGAACAACUAUGCUUAAUGUGUGAAUAUUGCUGUAAAAUACUUUGCUAAUGUGAUUAUUGGUGAACAACAUUGUUGAAUCUUGGGAUCCCUGGCACAUUACAUUUUGUAUAUUAGCAGAUAGUAUUUAAAGUAUUUCACGUCCUGAUUUUUUUUCUUUACCUUUAUCUAAGCAGAGUUUGAUUUACCACAAGACAUGUAAGUAUUUCAGUAAAAGAAAGAAGAGCACUGGUGAAAGCUUUUGAUAUAAAAUCACAUCCAUUCCUGUCACUUUGAUGAGUGUUUUCACAAUUUUGAAGAUUUCUUCAAACAGGGAUUCUGAUAAACUGCGUAAAAUGGAAAAAAAAUCAAUAUAUAUGUAUUUAUUAUUAUCAUGACUUAUUGACAUUUAUCAUACGAUAUUAAAUUGAUUCGUAUUAUUGUUGUUAAUACUAAAGUAGUUGUCUGACACUAACUUUUUUCAAUUCUGUAACUUAUCAUGGAAAAAAAAAAGCAGUACAAGGAUCACCGUUAUGGCCUUUGAGUUUGCUGCAAACAGUACUGACAUGUUGAGGCAUUGGUGAAUCAAAUUUCUUCUAACUGUAUAUAUUCAUUGUAUCAAAGACAUUGAACCACAUAGCCAAUGCUCAUACAUGUUACUUUGUUAGUUCAAUAUGAUGCUAUAAAUAAGUCAUUUUGUACAAAGAUUUUAAUUGCUGUAAUUAAUUUGCUUUUUAUGGAGGAUGUUUGAGAUUUCUUUUCUCAGUAUUGAAUAGUCAUUUUUCAACUAUGCCACUGUAAAAACAAAAACAAAAGGGGGGAAAAAUGAGAGCCAAAGUGCGAAUUAAAAUAUGAACAACUUAAAAA